CUUCCGCGAUUGGCCGGUGCGCGCUGAGCCGCAGCUGCGUGUCUCUGCAGGCCUGGUCUGAGCGACUGUAACACCGUGGAAGAGAAAUGAAUUCAUUAGAGCAAGCUGAAGUGCAGUUAUUUUCCUUCUCUGCAGACUUGAAGGCUUUUGAGAGGAGACUGACAGAGUAUGUGUCUUGUUUGCAGCCGGCCACAGGCCGUUGGCGUAUGAUUCUUAUUGUGGUGUCUGUGUGCACAGCAACAGGAGCCUGGAAUUGGCUGAUAGAUCCAGACACUCAGAAAGUUUCUUUCUUCUCAUCAUUAUGGAAUCAUCCGUUUUUCACGAUCAGCUGUGUAACUCUCAUUGGCCUGUUCUUUGCUGGAAUACACAAACGGGUUGUCGCGCCAUCAAUUAUUGCAGCACGCUGCCGGACUGUACUAGCAGAAUAUAACAUGUCCUGUGAUGAUACGGGGAAACUUAUCCUGAAGCCUCGACCUCAUAUUCAAUAGCACCUUGAAGAAUGAGAGUGGAGAAUAUUUCAUAUCAUAUUAUUAAUCAUCAAGAUUGUACAAGACCUCAAUGCCAGGAGAUUAUCCAAAGUGUGAGGGAGUCAAUCUUUCAAACAGAACUCUUAACUUCCCUCUUCAAUUUAUGUAGAAGCAAUGGGAGCUCAUUAGAAAAUACCCCUCUUGAAGAAAAACAAAACAUUGUUUCUGCAAUUUUAGAUAACAUCCUUAUCCUCAACUUCUUAUUUUUCUGUUGGAAAAUGUGUUUUAUUCAAUUGUGGAUUUUGACAUCCUCAUUUCUAAUGCCAUGAUCUUAUUUUAGAUGAAUAUGGUGUUUGUAUUUUUAAGCAAAUUGCUGAAAACUAAAUAAAUAUUCAAGUGUGGAUAUUUUUUCAACUUAAGCAGAUUUUUUUACAUAUGGACACGAUAUUUUGCAGUGUUAUGCCUAUGAAAUUAUGCGCCAAUUUUUGUUGUUUUUAAAGUACUUUUAUGUGACCAAAGGCUGCACUAGUUGUGUAACUUCAAAGGGAAACAGGCAAUUGCAUCAAGUCAGUGUCAUGGUUGACCAAGAUUUUAUUUAUUUUCACUCCAUAAUAAAAAUGUAAAUGAAAACAUUUAAGUGAGUGGUGUUGGCAAUAAUAAAAGUUUGUGUUGAACAGAGUUUGUCAUGUUUAUCAUCAUAACUGGCAUAUAUACUAGUACAUAACACUAAUAAUUGAACCAUUCAUCCCUGCUUUUAUAGAGAGGUUAUUUCAUAUUGAAACUUCUUUUAAAGUGGUAAGGUGACAUGGUGGAAAUAAGUGUGGUUACUACUCCACAAGUACUGUAUUAGAAAUAAAGUUAAAAAGGUGUCUUUUCAACUUACACAUGUAAUCCAGCAAAUCAUUAUUUAUUUGUAUUUUUUUACCAUGAAACUAUUUUACCUUUUUUGUAUUGCACUCAUUCAGUUACACUGCUGUACUGGUCAAUUGUGCUGUUUGGCUCAAGUGGAUGAUGAAAAUGUUUUUUAUUUUAUUUUGUUUUAAUACAUUACAAUUUGUAAUGAAUAAAUACAAAAAUAUUUUUUUGAGUUGUACAGUAUGAAGUUUUAAUUUAUAUAUGUAAUUUGUAUUUUGUCUUAUUACUAGCCUAUUAUUCAU